UCAGCCAGGCUCGGGCUUUGGGCAUCUGCGAAGCCAGCCCCACCGGACACUGGGCAUCUCCGGGCACCUAUCGCCUCUUCCGCGCCGCGCUGAUCCGGGGCGGUGGACCUCUGCGUGCCUGCCCCUCCCCCGACCACCCCACAAGACGCCCUGCACUCGCCGCGCGCCCCAGCCCCUUCGACCGCCGCGAUGCUGCCCUGGAGACGUAACAAAUUCGUGCUGGUGGAGGACGAGGCCAAGUGUAAGGCGAAGAGCUUGAGUCCAGGGCUUGCCUACACGUCGCUGCUCUCCAGCUUCCUGCGCUCCUGCCCGGACCUGCUCCCGGACUGGCCGCUGGAGCGUCUGGGCCGCGUGUUCCGCAGCCGGCGCCAAAAAGUGGAGCUAAACAAGGAAGACCCCACCUACACCGUGUGGUACCUGGGCAACGCCGUCACCCUGCAUGCCAAGGGCGACGGUUGCACAGACGACGCCGUGGGCAAGAUUUGGGCGCGCUGCGGUCCGGGCGGGGGCACCAAGAUGAAGCUGACGCUGGGGCCGCACGGUAUCCGCAUGCAGCCGUGCGAGCGCAGCGCGGCCGGAGGCUCGGGGGCCCGCAGGCCGGCGCACGCCUACCUGCUGCCGCGCAUCACCUACUGCACGGCGGACGGGCGCCAUCCGCGCGUCUUCGCCUGGGUCUACCGCCACCAGGCGCGCCACAAGGCCGUGGUGCUGCGCUGCCACGCCGUGUUGCUGGCGCGGGCGCACAAGGCGCGCGCCCUGGCCCGCCUGCUCCGCCAGACCGCGCUGGCAGCCUUCAGCGACUUCAAGCGCCUACAACGCCAGAGCGACGCGCGCCACGUGCGCCAGCAGCACCUGCGCGCGGGGGGCGCCGCCGCCUCGGUGCCCCGUGCCCCUCUGCGCCGCCUGCUCAAUGCCAAGUGCGCCUACCGGCCGCCGCCUACCGAGCGCGGCCGCGGGGCGCCACGCCUCAGCAGCAUCCUGGAGGAGGAUGAGGAAGAGGCAGAGGGGGCGGAGGGGGCAGAGAAGUGCGAGGGAGGAGCCCCCCAGAACGAGCGGGCCGAGGUGCUCAGCCUAACCCGGGAGCUGAGGACGUGCAGCCUGCGGGGUGUCCCAGCACCGCCGCCACCCGCACUGCCCCGCCGCUGGAGGGCUGGCGCCUGGGAGCGCGCGGGCCAGGCACGAUGAUGGCCCAAGGGGCAGGACUCGCCGCCCCACACCCGGUCCAUUAGACUCACAGCCUCCAACCCCGGCCCUGCCCGCUUCGGCUCCCAACCACUGCCUGGCACUGCCUCCAUGGUGGUCUUGGUUGUGGCCCUCCACCCCUUUGCCUCCUUCUGGCUCAGGGUGCGCCUGACAUGCCCUUGACUGCUGGGGGUGAGGAAUCACCUCUGCCCACACUCGGGCCCUCCAUAGUGGAGCUGCCUCCCAAGCUUUACAGCAGGCUGCACACUGACCACCCUGCUCCCCGACCCACCACUACCACCCCAAGAGAUCCUUUCAAGAGAAGAGGGACAUGUUUCUAGAAAUGCAGGAGGGUAGGUUUGCACUCUGGAGGGAGGCCUGGACUUGCCCUUGGUAUUGUUAGCCCUACUCCCUGGGGUGAGAGUGACCCUGCAGAGAUGUCUCGCAGAGGGAGAACAAGAUGGCUGGGGCAGUUAAGGGCAGGACUCCAAGGGCCACCAAGUCGGCCACUAUAUACACAGGAAGAAUUCUCAGGGCCUCUCCUGGGCCUCCCUGCCCCUUGCAGGAUUCCUGGGACUUCACUACUCUGCCUCUGGUGAGGAAUGGAUGAAUGUACCAAGUUCCAACAGCAAAUUAGGCCAGGCCACAGGUCUGCAGCAGGCAGCUGCCCAAGCCUUUGCCGCCAACAGGUGCCUCACAGCCAGGACCAAGGUGGGGCUUCCAAAGGAGGUAAGGAGAACCUCUGGCAAGUGCUUGGGGACAAGAUGAGGCUGAUCAGGGCAGGUGGAGCCUUGAGUUUCACAGCAGCAGGGAUGGGCAAGGAGGGG